AUGGCCCGCUCCCCGCCAUCGAGCCAGGGCACGCGCUCCGGGCGCACCCGCGUGCGCGUCUAUCAGAGCGAAGAUUCAUCGGACGAGGAGUUGCUGCGUGGGCCAAAGAAGGCAUUGAGCAGCAAGCGCAAGCGUGUCGCUUCGGAUUCGGAAUCCGACUUUGUCUUGGAGGAGGAGGAGGACCAGAGCGAUGAAGAGGAUGAGGACGAGGACGUGGCCGAAGCUGAGGAAGAAGAGUCCACCGAUGAGCGGGAAUCCACCGGUACUCCUGCGCUGACCGAGUCGGCGGGGGCGAGCGCCGAGCCCAGUGAAGUGACAACGCCCAUGAGUCAGCAUGGCAAUCGUUUCGAGGUGCUCGAUGACGACUGCUUCAAGAACGGAACGGAUCCAGUGGUCGUCGCUCCCAUAAAAGUGGAUGCUGGUCUGCCAAAGAGCAGCCUCGCGAUAGCGACGGUCACUCAAGGGCAAAGCACCAAGAAGUUCAAGCAGACUCGGCUCAGCUUCGGGAAACCGGCUGCGCAGUCGCCUGCGAAGUCCCAGUCGAGCCGCGUCCGACGCGCAACGCCGGACUUCAUCGCUUCUGAUGAUGACAGCGACUUUGGCGGCCCAUCGAAAAAGCGCAGGAAGAGUGCGAGCUCAACCAAAUCGAAGCCAUCCACUUCAUCCAGCGCCCACUGGGUGCCAGAAUUCCGCAAGGAUCGAAAGGUCAAGUACCGGGACUUUGUGCCGGAUAUGCCGAAAGCCACACUGAUGGCUGCGGCCGCCAAAGACGACGCUCUGGAGGGUCGACUGCCUCCCAUGCAUGACCUUGACGAUAUCUUUGCCGACAUCGUCAAGAGAUGCGACACCACUGCCAUCGUCGAGCUGGCCAAGACACUGCAAGGCCGUCCUCUUCGCGUCGCUACCAUGUGCAGCGGUACCGAGUCGCCGCUUCUGGCUCUAAAUCUCAUGUCGCGGGCGUCCAAGGCGCAACACGGCAUAGAUAUCGAGGUACACCACGUAUUCUCGUGCGAGAUCGAACCUUACAAGCAAGCAUACAUUGAGCGAAACUUUGCGCCCCCGCUCUUGUUCCGAGAUGUCUGCGAGCUGGGCGACGAUCAAGCACACACUGCAUAUGGCGCGCUCGUUGACGUACCUGGCGAUGUGGACCUACUCGUUGCUGGAACUAGCUGCGUGGACUACUCAGGGCUGAAUAACAAGAGAAAGGGAAUGGAGGAGGGAGGCGAGAGUGGACGAACAUUCUAUGGCAUGUUGAACUGGGUCGAGCGUCACAAACCUGCCAUUGUCAUUUUGGAAAACGUGAAGAGUGCCCCUUGGGCUGGGGUGGCGCAGGCUUUUGUUGACAUUGACUAUGAUGCCGCCUUCUGCAACACCUUCGAUACAAAGCAUUACUACAUCCCGCACACUCGCCAACGAGGCUAUCUCAUCGCCACACAUAACAACAAGGACGAUUACCCUGCAAAUUGGGAAGCCCUCACCAAAUCCAUGAGCAGACCUGCUUCUUCCACCCUGGAGUCUUUUCUGCUACCCACCGACGAUCCGCGCAUUCAGCACGUCAGACUCCAAUUUGCUCUAGGAGAGGGCUAUGGAAAGGGUCGGUCGACGAUCGAUUGGUCGCGUUGUCAGGGCCGACACGAGCGUGCUCGAGACGAGGAGGCUCUUGGUAAAUCACGCCCAUUCACGGCGUGGGAAGAAGGCGGUGGCUGCAAGCUCUCGCACGAUGCGUGGAAUGAGUGGGCACUACCAAUGCCUGAACGUGUAUUGGAUCUUCUCGACAUCACGACCUUGCGCUGCGCUAAAGAAGGCUUUGACCCGAACUUCAAAAGUCGAGUUUGGGAGCUGAGUCAGAAUGUGGAUCGCAACAUUGCUAGCUCGAAGCCCGGGACCGUAGGCUGCCUAACGCCUUCGGGCAUGCCGUACCUCACUUCUCGAGGUGGGCCGCUGGUUGGUAUCGAAGCACUUGCUCUUCAAGGACUUCCGAUCGACGAGCUGCUUCUAUCCAGAGAAACCAAUGACCAGCUGCAGAAUUUGGCGGGAAACGCCAUGAGCUCUACCGUCGUCGGCACGUGCGUCAUGGCUGCACUGCUGAUUGCGCAGCCAGAUCUCGCAGCCCGUCGCCAAGGCAAAGAUGUGUCGAUGGAGAUUGAGAAGUCACAAGAGGUGCAGGAGAAGCCAGACUCUGUCCUUGGGCAACUUGUCCGCAAGCCAUAUGACCUCGACGACCACGCUCAGCAUCUCGACCUUGGUCACUUGCUGAAGCAUGCUGUCGAAAGCGCGCAGCGAUGCAGCUGCGAAGGUAGAACAGGAGUGUCAGAUAAGAAGAUUUUCAAGUGCUCGGCCUGCGAGCACACAGCCUGCGCCACCUGCAAAGGUCGCCCGGAGCACCUCUUCGAGCUUGACGAACGCAGUCGUCAGCGCCCAGAAGCAUUCGAAGCGCAGCUGAAGAAGUAUCUACCCAUGCGCUUGAGACUCCAGCUUGGCGAUGCCGCCAUCUCGUCCAGGGGCUUGCGAACUGUCGACACUUUUGCCCAGUGGCGCAAUCACGUCAGCAAAGUGUGCCAAGACGUCGUGCUGCACUUCAGUGGCCUGCUUCGGCAACGAAAGUGGACGGCAGUCUUUCUCGGCAACCAGACGCGUUUAGAACUCAUUUUGGAUCCGCAAACGCCCCACUGGGAUCUUUACGUGGAACCCAAUGCUGAGGAAGCUUCACGCGGUGCCUUGCGCGCCCUGUUGCUCCGGCCAGUCGCACGCAUGGAGCUCCAACGAGGUGCUCGCGAUUUGUUGACUGGCUGCUGGCAGCUCAAUCUACCCGUGGCUGAGUCAAUGAGGGCGACCAUCACUGGCUCGGGCGCGUUGGUGCCUUCUUGGGAAGCCAAUUUAGGACUUGGUGGUGGCUAUGCUGGCACGGAGCGGUGGAGUGCGAUGCACGUUCACGUUGACGGUCCUCUGGGCGAAGACCUUGACGGAGAAUACGAGCUACUUGGACAAUGCGGCACCGCGAACGGUGCGCUUCACGUCAAGCGAAAUCGCGACUCUCGCGCAGCGAGGACGUAUCUAUUUCUCGAUCCGCAUCGUCUAGAAGGGAAAGAAGCGGACUCCUUCGUCUUCGCCCCAAACUUUGAUCCUCUUCCCUUUCCGCUCGAGCGAGCCGUCAUCGGACGCCUGCAGCCAGGCUGGAGACUUCCUGGACCUAUCGAGACCACGUCGUCGACGGUCGACCUGCUUUCGGAGUCGAGGUGGCUGGAUCACGACUCAAUGUCCUUGACUACCGUAGAGCCAUCACAUGCCUCCUCGAUGGAAGUUCCUCGGAUAGCCCACAUGCCAGGGCAAUUUAGGACCUGUCUCGAGUCGGUUGCAGUGCUAGCUUGCCGAGCAACGAUUCCUGCUCAACGAGGCAGCCAAGAUGUGUGGCCUGCUCAGGAUGCACAGUGGCAAAUUGUUGACUUGGAGCACAAGACACUCGUAACGUUCGACAAGCUCGCCUGGCUCGUAGACAGGGUGCCUGGCAUAGACGCUUUCUCUACAUGGAUGCCAGGUCCUCAAGUCGACGUCGAAUGUGCUUCGUGCGCGGUCUGUGCUCCCGCUCGACCAGCUGUACACUGGCUACAAAUUCCUGGUAGACAGCCUGUUCCAGUGGAGAAUGAGCAGCAAGCGGCUCCCUACGAGCAGGCUUUGAAGAAUCGACCCUCACCAUUCGUGAUGCACCUUCGAGUCGACGGCGACGUGGCGACCGCUCGCAUCGGCGUCAACGCUUUGACGCUGAUGCACCGCGCGCUGUCCCGCCUCCCGCCUAGGCAAGACACGGCACCUGCCACGCUUUCCUGGAAACUCAGCGCAAUCGACAAAGCACUGGACGAGUUCAACAUACCUUCGUACAAGCUGAGGAGCAAUCGAGCAGACAGCGAGGCACCAACGCCAGCUCUCUUCCGCCUUGAAUUACGAAAAGAGCAGCGACGCUCGCUGAGCUGGAUGCUCGACCAAGAAGCAGACGCGGUAGCCCCGUUCGUAGAGGAGGAGGUCUCUGAAGGCCUCCUCACACCUAUGGGUUGGAGGGCGGAAGGCAAAGCCACACGACCAGUUACGGUGCGCGGCGGUGUGGUAGCUGACGCUGUGGGCUACGGCAAGACGGCCAUCACCCUGGGCCUCGUCGCCGCUCGACGCCAAGCCGCGCGUGAGCGCAAGCCGAGCAAAGACAAGCGCUACAUUCAGACAAAGGCUACGCUUGUUAUUGUGCCUCCGCAUCUGUGCAAGCAGUGGGCCAAUGAGGUCACAAAGUUCACCGGUGACAAGCUCAAAGUGCGCGUAAUCCAUUCAAAGGCUGAGCUCAACGCCACCACGAUUGAGGAUAUCAAGGAAGCGGACCUGAUCAUCAUGUCAGUCACAAUCUACAAAAGCGAUGCCUACUUCGAAUCCUUGUCUCGUCUUGCUGCUGCGAACCCCCUGCCUGCCAAAGCCGGGCGCUUCUUCGAAGCAGCGCUGACUCAGUCGCUUGCGGCGCUGCGCAAUCGUAUGCAAGAGCUGCAGACCGAAGGGGUCGCGAAAGUAUUGGACUCUGUCAAGCGCCGAGUCGACUUUGACGAAACACAUCUCGCAUCAGCCAAGCGUAGCAAGCGUCUGAUAGGUCAAGCGUACGCGGACGCCCAUGCAGAGGAAGGAGACAGGGCCACGACUACAGGCGGCAAGAGCAAGCCAAAGCAGAAGGCCAAAUCAAAGCGUCAUGCGUCCGAUAGCGAAGAAGACGAUUUCCUCGAUGAUAGCCCUCCGCGUCGAAAAGCUGCGAAGCCCAAGACCAGCAGCAUCCCAGCCGAUCCCUGGGGCUUGGGAUCCGCCUCUGCUCGCAAAUCGUUCGGCUCGCUCCGGGCGAUGCCUCUGGAGUGCUUCAUGUGGGAAAGAGUGGUCGUCGACGAGUUUCAUUACAUCGCUGCGAAUGCCGACAGAGCAUUCUCAGCGAUUCGAAACCUGGCUUCGCACUCCACCUGGAUCCUCUCGGGCACUCCACCGACGGCCGACUUUGCGGAUGUCAAGUCGAUUGCCGCCUUCCUCAAUAUCCACUUGGGCGUCGACGAUGAUGCGGACUCCUCGAAACAGUCCGUCAGGAGCCGUCGGGAGAAAGAACGAACUCUGGUGGAGAGAUUUAGAAAUUUCGUCGAGAUCCGCUCACCCGCCUGGCACCAUCGAAGACAAGCUUUGGCUCAAGGUUUCCUUGACCAAUUUGUGCGGCAGAACAUAGCAGAGAUUGACGAAAUCCCAUUCACUGAGCACAUGCAGGCUGUCCAAAUGCCAGCUGCUGAACGAGCAUGCUACUUGGAGCUGGCUCACACCAUCGAGUCGCUUGACCUGCGCCUUGCGCGCCGCGUGUUCAAAGCGUCAGCUUCUGCGACCGCGGCCAAGAAGAAGGGCACAGACGGCGGUAAUGAUCGUGACGAGCGGCUGCGUAAGACGGUUGGUCAGAGCUCAAGCCCGGAAGAGGCGCUUUCACGUCAGGCUGCGCACUUCAUGCUCGACGACAUCGAAACGACGGACGCAAUUGAAGCCUGCGACUUUAUUGUGCGCGAGCGUCGGCGUCAGCGCGACGAGUGUCUCAAGCAGCUGCGACGGGAGAUUCGCGAGGUUGCAAUUCCGCAGCAUUUUGUCUGCCUCUUGCAGUACGCUUUCCGCGACGACACCAACCGUCCUCUGGUGACAUUCGCACGCAAUGUAGAGAAUAGUGCAUGGGGAGAUGCACACUGCAAACCACAGCUCACCAAAAUGUUAGCUGAAGUGGGCUGCACGGUCGAGGAACUCGAUGAAAGAGCUGGACGUCGACGUUUCCCGAAGCUCAAGAAGAAGGCGGAGACGAGCAUCUCUGACAAUUGGGAGCAGGAAUUCGCGUUGCGCAAUACCGUCCACCUACUGCAAAGGUUGCGCAACGAGUACUGGGCCCGCGAACAGUCGCUUCGGUAUUUCACCCAAGUGCGAGAUAUUCAGCGCGCGCGGGUGAAGAGUGCUGCUUCGCUCAACAUCGUGUGCCCCUCGCCGCAAUGCAGCAAACGCGGAAGGCAGCUCGAAUUGUCCGACAUCUCCCUUGCAUCUACUUGCGGACACACGGGUUGCCACGACUGCGUGCUGCGUGAAGCCUACAUAGGCAAGUGUUGCACACAGGACUGCAAUGCUCUAGCCAAACCCACUUCGAUCGUCAAGGCGUCAACCCUGGGCGUGGAAGAAAAAGGAACGCGCUACGGUAUCAAACUGCAACGCAUCGCAGAUUUAUUGCGAAGUCUUUCGACAAACGAUCGGGUUCUCCUCUUCGUCCAGUACGACGGCUUGCUUGCCAAGGUUGCAGAAAUUCUCCGCGAAUCAAAUAUUUCAUUUGUUAGGCUUCAAGGCACCGCCCUUCGUCGAUCUGACCAGCUGGACAGCUUCCAAAAUGGUGACGAGCGUUGCCUACUACUCAAUAUUGCCGACGAAAGCGCUGCUGGUUCAAAUCUGACGGUCGCCAAUCACGUCAUCUUCUUGUCGCCGCUCAUCAUGGAGGAGGCGCAACAGUAUCACCAAACGAUGGAGCAAGCGCGCGGACGGGCGAUCAGAUUCGGCCAAACGAAGCAGGUCCACAUUUGGAGAUUCGCAUGUCGGGACACGAUUGACGCCCAGACUAUCUUGGCGCGUGAGGGAGCAAGUUUGGAAAACAAAGAGAGCUCCCGUGCCCAGUAG